UUAUCCGGUUGAUAUCGCGGUUUUUGAAAACAAUAAACUCAAAAUAAUUUGUGAAUGUAAAAAAAUAUCGUCUCAAGAAGGCAAGGAACAGUUAAGAAAAUACUUGCGAAUGUGCGAAGCCAAGAUUGGAGUCUGGUUUAAUGGCAAAGAACGCAUAGUUUUGAAAAAAGUUGAGACCAAAUUAAAGCCCCGGGAAAACUUGAAAAGCGUUUUUCAUCAGAUUAAAAAAAGUCUACAAAAAACCGUCAUUGGUAGCACUAAUGAGCCUGAUAUAGCGAAAAAUGUCCUAAAAAUUUUAUUUUGCAAAAUUUUUGAUGAAAGAUAUCAAAGUGAAAGUGGAUUUGCUGAGUUUUAUGCCAAUAUUGAUAAACCGCAAGAGAGUUCAGUAAAAAUUAGGGCAAUUUUCACUAAGGUGAAAAAUAAGUUUGAAGAUGUUUUUGAUAAAAACGAGGAAAUUAAACUGGAUGAUAAAAGCGUAGUUUUUAUUGUUCAAAAAUUACAAUGA